GCUGGGGGAGACCUGCCAAAUCUCUUUCUCUGAUGAUCAUAUCACGGUAGAUCCUCUUCUCAUCUGCAAGCAAAUUAUUACAGCAAUUCAUCACGGCAGAACUUGCACAGGUUCGUCGUUCCGAGGUUCGGAAGUUGCGGCUUGUUGGUGGAUUGUGAUCGUCGAAUAUAAUGGCUGGUUGCUUCGGUUGUUUUCAUUUUGAUCGUCAUCCAAAAGCCAGUGCAGCAGCUCCGAUGCUGCACCAGUCGUCCUGUCAGGUUGCGGACAUCAGCCACCUGCUUGGGACAGAUGGCAAUGGAACGAAGGCUAAGGAAGUCAGCAAGCUCAGGUCAUUGGUUCAAACACCACAGCAUGGCCAGUAUGCGUACGAGGAAGUUGGGCACCUUGGGGAUGCUCAGCAGAGGACCCUCAAGCUGAUGAGGCAUAGACGGUCAAAGGAGCUAGUGGCUGUGAAAUAUGUAAGGCAGUCUGCAGACACGCUGCUUGACAAGAACGUGGAGCGGGAGAUCCUGAAUCAUAGGCAGCUAGUCCACCCGAACAUCCUGGCCUUCCGGGAGGUCUUCACAACAGAUACAGAGCUGGCAAUUGUGGCGGAGUAUGCAUCAGCUGGACAGCUGGCGGAUAAGUGCACUAGCCCCAUGCCAGAGAGGGAGGCGCUGACCCUGUUCAGCCAGCUCCUAGACGGGCUGGCCUACUGCCACAGCAAGGGUGUCUACCAUCGCGACCUGCGCACCGAGCUCAUCUUCCUCUCUGGCAGCGUGUUUGCGCCGACGCUGAAGAUCGGCGGCUUCGGCUUCUCCAAGAGCGCGGCGAUGGACUCUAUGGCAAAGACGGCGGUGGGCUCGCGCGGCUACAUGGCGCCUGAAGUUCUGCUGGCCACCGGUGCCUACGACGCGGCAGCUGUUGAUGUGUGGGCGUGCGGCGUGGUGCUUUACCAGAUGCUGACCGGGCGCAUGCCCUUCUGUCACGACGCCAACGCGAGCGGCGUCCUGGACCGCGCCAUGAUGCAGCGCAUUGUGCGCGGCCAGUACUACCUGCCAGGCGAUAUUGCGCUGUCGCUGGAGGUGCAGGACCUGCUGGCGCGCAUCUUCCGGCCGGACCCCAAGCACCGCAUCGGCCUGGCCUCCAUGCGCCGCCACCCCUGGCUGCACGACGGCGCGCCCUCCGUCCUCAGCCCCGCGCAGGAGCCGGCCGCGGCCGACGUCGCGCCGCUGCAGAGCGAGGAGGGCAUCCGGGAUGUCAUCCACCGCGCCAGGCAGCGCCGGCUGCAGCAGCAGCGCAGGCUGAGUUCUACCGGCGUGGGGGCGCUUGGGAGCAAUCGGCAGCCGGCGCUGGACAGGACCAGCCAUUCCUUUGCUGUAACCGCCAACGCCUAGAGACAGCCGGUGGCGCGGUCUUUAGAGCUGGGAUUAUCAUGUACAGUUGCCAAGUAUGCAUAAGCACUGAACUCAAUGAGUGAAAGGGUUUUGUAUUGUGGCACCAAUGAAUAGCUGGAAUGUAUGGCUGUGAAACAAUGCAUCAUGGUGCUCACUGAAAUACAAAAUUGCAGAACUAUAAAUCUUAUGUGCUGAAUGGGUAGUUGCCUCUGGAGGGGCCUGAAUAGAUAAGCUCUCUGAAUGCAUCAGAUCUGGACCAGGAUCAGGUCUAGAACAGCAUUCUGUGCUGUAGGUAGUGUUUGGAUUUUUGCACCAUCCUCAAAGAACCCCUACCGAGAUGGAAUGUGUAGGAUAGCAUUUAACAAGCUGCUUGCUGGCUUUGAGCAUUGACAUGUCCAACACUGGAGUGCUUGUAGCAUUUUAGCGACGC